UAAGGGUGAAUAGGAAUCCCAGCCUUUUUCCUUUUUGACACCGCCGGGCUUCUGUACUCUUUUGAGACAAUCGCUGGUAGCAAACCAACGAUAACCCUCAGCCCCUUUGCGAACAGGUGAAAGUAUCCUCAGGCAGUUUUCAUUUUGCCUUCUCGCGAUGGCAUCGUCUGCAAUGAUCACAGUCCCCACCACAGCAUCCCGCUUUGCCCUGCUACAGAUAGAUUCAGAUUCGGAUUCGGACACCUCCGAGUCGGGGAAGGCUACCACCAAAACUGGACGGGACUCCUCUGGGAAGCCCCGACAAGGAAAAGCAGGUGCAGCCGGAGGGAAAGCUGCUCAGGGCAAUGACAAGAAGAAAGACAAGAAGAAGAAGAAGAAAGAGCAGCAGCAGAGUGAGGCAAAUGAGUUGCGUAAUCUGGCCUUCAAAAAGAUUCCUCAGAAAUCUUCUGCCCCUUCUCCCUGUAUGACGCUGUCAGGAAUAGCCAGUGAACUUCUCAAUCCUACGUCGGUGGACCAUGAUACACCGUCGGAGGGUUGGCAGCAGUGGAAGCAGAGAGACGAGCAGAUAACCACAGAACUAUAUGAGGCAGACUUGGAAAAGGCCUUGAUUUUAAGUAAACUGGAGUAUGAACAACAGAAGCAGAGCAACACAAACACGUCCUCGCCAAAGUCACGGGCAGGAAAAGAAGGUGGAGGCAAGAAGGACAAAAAGAAGAAUCAGCAGGCAAAAGACAAAAAGACAGUUUCUCUGCAAGACUUCCAGGCUGAAAGCAGUGCAGAAAAUUUAAGUAGAAAACAAGAGAAAGAGGACUCCAGAACGGCUAAUUUAGCAUUGGGAGUCGGGCAGGAUGACCGUUUUUUUAAUAAGUUGGAAGAUGAUGUCAGUCGGAUAAUCCAACGGGAGAAAAGACGCGAGCAGUAUACGAACAGCCAGGGACAAGAAGUCAGCACAUCAACAGAACAUGAACCAGACCCCAGAGCGGAGCAGCUGAAGUAUGAGCUGGAGAAGAAAGAUCAGGAAAUUGAUAAGCUGAAAAAAAACAUUUCACAGUGGGAGGUAAAAUACAAAGAGGUGAAAGCAAGAAAUGCUCAGCUGCUGAAGAUGCUGCAGCAGGGAGAGAUGAAAGACAAAGCAGAAAUUCUUCUACAGGUAGAGGAGCUACUGCAUAUUAAAGAAGAGCUGUCUUCACAGGUAACAUUAUUGCACGCUGCCCUCGAACAAGAGAGAUCUAAAGUAAAAGGACUGCAGUCAGAACAACCAAAGCACCAGGGAAACAAGAAAGGGAAGAAAGGCUCAGAGGCAGAUCUAUGAAGGUUUCAGAAGGAAAAUGCCUGAAAACAAAAUGAAAUAAACAAAUGAAGAAACCCCUGAAGAAUAUUCCCACUAUUGAUCGAAAUCAGGGUUCUUUUUUUUUUUUUUUUUAAAUCUUAGACUCCUGGUCAGCCUGUAAUGCAUGCCCUCCCCAAACACACACACACACA